CCGUCCUUGCUUCAGUGCUUCACACAGGAAAUCUAUUGCUGUGUCAAGUUCCAGAGAAGAAGAGUUUCUUCUGUUCCAGGAGUUUUCUCAGUCUGAAGCCCAGGGUUGAAGGAAGGGACCAGGAGGACAGGAGGGUCCCGCUGCUGAUGGGCUGAGACGAUUGAGCCCGGAGAAGCUGACUAGAAAGAGCCUCACCAUGUCCACAGCUUCUUUCAUACGUAUGUGGAGGAGAAGGACUGAGUGAAGGGCAGAACACAAGCGAACAGAAAUGCCCUGCUGUGGGAGAACUUCUGCCCUACAGCUACUGCCAAUACUGACAGUCUUCUUAGUGGCUGGGUACAUAAGUGCAGAAAUGGAGGGUUUUGCUACAUCAGGCAACUCAACGCAGCAAAUGGGCCAGAACAAUAAUGGUUCGGUUUCAUCUGUGGAUGGAAAGCAGAACCAUACAACAGCGCCUACAAGAGCUAACAGCUCCCUGACCGUGUUGGAGGACACAAAGGCUGUGCUCCCCUGCCUUCCUGUCCAGUUGACGAAUGCGAUUGUAACAACAUGGAAAAUAACGCUCGGAGACAAGCCUCCCUGCAUCAAAGCCUACAGGAGAGAGAAACAUGAGACGUCAGAGGCAAACUGUACUGACAAGAGAAUAACCUGGCUCUACGGACCUGACCAGAAUGCUGCCCUUCAGAUUGACCCAGUGCUCAUCACUCAUGAUGGGUUUUACGAGUGUGAAGUGGUAACACCUGAUGGGAAUUUCUGUCAUGGAUAUCACCUCCAAGUGUUAGUGGCCCCUGAGGUGACCCUGUCUCACAGCAGGAAUAGGACAGCAGUGUGCAAGGCAGUUGCAGGAAAGCCAGCUGCUUGGAUCUCCUGGACCCCAGAGGGAGACUGUGUGCCUGAGCAUAAGCAUUGGGGCAAUGGCACAGUGACUGUCCAGAGUACCUGCCACUGGGCAGACAGCAAUGUGUCUACUGUGUCCUGCUCUGUCUUCCACGAGGCUGGCAACUGGAGUCUGUCCACAGAACUGAAUCAAGGUGCUGAAACACCAGAGAACUUACGUAUUGUAUGUAUCAUCCUCCCUAUAUUGUUUAUCUUGGUCAUCGUUGGAUCCAUUUGGCUUUUGAAAAUCAUUGGCUGCAGGAAAUGUAAAUUGAAAGAAACAGAACCUACUCCAUUUGAGGAGGAUGAAAUGCAGCCCUAUGAGAGUUAUACGGAGAAGAGCAAUCCACUCUAUGAUACCACAAACAGGGUUCUGAAGACAUCUCAGAUGUUACAAGUUGAUAGGACAAAUCUCCAUACUUUGUAAGUUGCUGGAAUCUGGCACCAGGAGAAAUGAAUCAAGAUACAAUACAAUACAGUUACUGUUUUGAUUUUCUUAGAGUUGUAUAAAGGAAGAUCUAUUCUGAAAUCAGCUUUUCAAAAAUCCUUAGAAGACAAAAGAUGUUCUAGAGGAUUUUCUUUCAUGUCCUUAUACAAUUGAAAUUUUAGCAUCUUAGUUGUGACCAGCUAGUUUUCUGAAGAACUGACAUUAUUACAAAGAAAGCACAUAAUCAUGAUAAAAUAUUCAAAUUGUUCAGUGCAGUAAAUAAUAAAAACCAGUUUCAUCAAGAAGUAAUUCUACAGAAGAAACAAUCAUGAACAAGUUUUAUGUAUUCCUUCAGAAAAUUUCUGUCCCCAUGACAUAUCAAUAUACUCAUUGUAUGUGUAUAUUUAUAUGUCUACUUACAUAUACAUACAUAUAUUCUUUAUGAUACACAAAUGAGAAAAUGCUACAAUGCUGUUCUGUACUUGUAGAAAGCUAGUAAUACAAUAUAUCUUGGAAAUCUUUAUCUUUUAUUAACACAAGCAGAGCUACCUCAUUCUUUUUAAUGGCUACAUAAAAUUUCAUUUUAUGGUUGUAUUGUAAUUUAAUCAACCACAACUCUAGUGAUAGAUUGUUUUAAGUUUUGUUUAUUUGUUUGUGUUUUGCUAUUAUAAACAAUACCAUACAGAAUGUUUCUUGUGGAUAUGUGUUUGAAUUUGUUUGAGUGUAUUUAUAGAAUAAUUUCAGGUCAAAGGGACUGUGCAUUUUUAUUAUUGAUUGAUAGAUAAAAUCAUAUCUAUUCACAUUCCCUGCAAUGGUUUUUGAAUGUGCCUUUCCCUAUACUGUUAUUGUAAUAUCCACAAAAUUCCCACUUUAUAUUUUUCAUCAACCAGUUACUGAAUAUGAUGUAAAAUUAUAAUAAGAAUUAUACUAUUUAAUAAAAGCACACUUAUUAUCUGUCACAUUUAUAAAAUAGAGAUUAAGAGGGAGAGAUAGAAAGAGAGAGAGAAAGAAGAAAUGAGAACACGUAUGAGGACUUCAGCUCAUUGUAUCCCUGUGGUGGUACUGAUGUGUAAUAUCUAGUGCUUAAAAGUUUCACAGAUAUGAUAAAAUGGAAAUGUGUGUUGUAUAGUAUACAUUUUAUUGUGAUGUAUUUAUCAAGUAACAUGUUUAUUGGCUAUGUAAGCAGCUAAAUAUGCAUUAAGGAGGACUUGGAAAUCUAUGUAAUAUGAUGUAUGUAUUAGGAGAAUGGCUGUGGGAUGACAUGACCUUCCCCUCCAUUUUCUGUGCAAUAAAAUGUUAAGAAUAUGUAUAUUAUUAAACAUUAUUUUUAACCUUAUUAAAAUUUAUUUAUA